CACUCUCCAGCACCCCCCAGCACCUCCCUCCUCCUCACAGCAUCCUGCCCACCCUCAACCUCACUAAUGUUUUAUCUAUCUUUCUUCUCCUGCUUCUUGUGACCUACCUGCCUAGAUGCUGAUUUUCUCCAUAUUCUUCCCCUACGUCCUCCUCUGCUGCUUCCUCAUCCGCAGUCUCUUCCUGCCAGGAGUGAUGGCUAGCCUCAGAUGCCUGGUGACCAUAGAGCUCUCUAUCUUGUCAUCGCUGCACACAUGGCAUCAGGCUGGAGGCCAUGUGCUCUACUCCCUCGGCCUUGGCGUGGGCACCAUCAUCACUUUCUCUUCCUACCAGACUAGAGGUGACAACCACAUCAAGUUGGCCUCCUUUAUGGCCAUGGCCAACCUGGUGACGUUGCUGAGCACGGCCAUCAUCUUUCUGGUGCUGGACUUCUGGACCAUAACCAGCAGGCUCAGCUGUGUUGAGAAGAGUGUCAACAAGCUGGUCGAUCUGAUAAUCAAAGGUGUGCUGUCCCAGGCUGCCUGGCCUCCCCAAGGCAUCAUUCAUAAACCUCCAGUAGAAUACAUGGACUGGACCAGUCAGCUCUCCAAUAAACUCCAGGAGGAUGUUGUCCAUUUCUCCCCACGCUGCAGCAUCCUGGUACAGAAGGAAAAGUUCAUGGAGGGCCCUGGCCUGGCAUACGUGGCCUUCUCUCAAGUCAUCUCGCUGUUUCCUGGCUCCUCUUUCUGGGCCAUCAUCUUUUCCAUUGCCCUUGUCAUCAUGGGUCUGGUCACACUGACAAUGCUCCUGGAGAGUAUUGUGCUUCCUCUGCAGAGAAACAUCCCAACCUUCGAGAAGUAUCCCAAACUGAUACCAGUGACUGUCUGUUUGGGAGGACUUCUGGGCAGCCUUGUCCUCUACCACCUGGUCCCUAUGGUCCUCGUCAUUUUUGUGGUGCUCCAGAACCUUUCUCUGGCUUUUGUCUACAGAAUCAAGAGGUUCGGGGCUGAGAUGUUCUACCAGCUGGACCACCUGGUGUGGGCACCCUUCACCUUCUUGUGGACUUACGUGACCCUGCCCACUCUGCUGGUGCUGCUUGCCAUCUACUUCCUGAAUCUCUACCACAGGAAAUCCCUCUACUACAUCUCCUGGAAUGACAGUAUGGUAAAGCAACCUUACCAGAAGAUGGUCCUGAGCUGGGUCACCUUCCUCAGCGUCCUGGCUCUACUGCCCAUACCUGUGUAUCCACUGCAGCUCUGGUGGAACCAGGAUGACCAGGUCAUCUGUGAGGUCUUUAAAAAGCCUUCAUCCUUCAAAAGGACAGAAAUGGAAUUCAACAAGGUCAGCCAGUGGCCUGCAUAUGCGCUAAGUAGAUUCACACUCAGAGGCCAGGACAAAGGUGGCCAGUUCCACUCCCAAGAAAGAACCACAGAUGACAUCCCCCUUCAACCCCUAAACCUGUUGACAAAAAGUGACAGUGAAAUUUUCUCCAGUUUCAGCCUUCAAGCCUCCAUUGUCCCCAACAAUCCUGAGGCACCAAAGCCCACUGUCAUCCCAGGAGGUUACCUUGGCUGCCACAGCACUGGACAGAAAGGACAGGCAUAA